CUGCCACCUAGCUUGUUUGAGAAGGAUUUUAUUGACAGCUACAAAUUACAACACAUCUCUUGGUGGAAAGGAGUUAAACAUUUGUGAUGAUUCUCUCCAUGUUGCUGGUUUUUCUCUCACUCAUUCACAGCGCUUUGCAGCUACUGGAUAAUGAAAUAUUUUUAAUAUAUAAUAAAGAUCUCAAGCGCUGUGCACAAGCUCAGAGUUCUAGCUCCGUCACAACUGCCACUUGCAACCAGGACGCUGAGUCACAAAAAUUCAGGUGGGUCUCUGAUCACCAGCUUAUGAGUGUAGCAUUGAGGCUAUGCUUGGGAGUGCCUUCAAAGAAAGACCAGGUGAUGAUCACUUUAUAUCCUUGUAACAAGACAAGUGAACUCCAACACUGGGAAUGCAGAAAUGAAACCCUUCUUGCAAUCCAAGGAGAAGAUUUCUUUUUUAACUCUGGCAGCAGAGAAGAAGGAAAUGUUAUGCUGCAGAAGGAAUCAGGUGUGAGGAGUAAGUGGAAGAUCUAUGGAACCACAGAUGAUUUGUGCUCUCAGGGCUAUGAAGAUAAUGAAACUCACAGAUUUUGGACUACAGACCCUUUGACAGGCACCCACUACCAGAUAAACUUCCAAUCAGCUCUAACAUGGCACCAAGCAAGGAAAAGCUGCCAGCAACAGAAUGCAGAAUUAUUAAGCAUCACAGAGAUACAUGAGCAAAUGUAUCUGAGAGAUUUAAUUGACAGGAUGAGAUCUGCUCUGUGGAUUGGAUUUAACAGUCUGAAUUUCAACUAUGGAUGGCAAUGGAGUGGCAGCAGUCAUUUCAGAUAUUUAAAUUGGGAUCUAGGAAAUCCUUCCCUGGAACCUGAGAAAAUCUGUGCAGUACUGAAUCCUAGAAAAGAUGCUAAAUGGGAAAACCGUGAAUGUGAUCAGAAAGUUGGCUAUAUUUGUAAAAGGGAAAACUCCACUUUGGAUUCUUUCUCUCUUCCCUCAGAUAAAAACAUAGCUGAAUUUAUGUUCUUAGAGCCAAUUGUUGAGCUGUGGAUUGGUUUGAAUGACCUCAGGAUUCAAAUGUGUUUUGAAUGGAGUGAUAAGAUGCCUGUGACAUACACAAAGUGGCUCCAUGGAGAACCAACCAUUGCAAAGAGCAGACAAGAAGAUUGUGUUGUUAUGAAAGGACAGGUGAAAUAA